UUACAAAACAUUUGUUUAAUGGCGUCCUGCUAAAGCACACGUAGCAUUGAGGUAUUCUGGUUUAAUGAAGGCCUGGUUUAAGGUUAGAGAGGCUCUUUAAACUGAAACUGGAGCACGUUUGGUGCAAAGAUGAAAAACAGUAGUCAGUACAUUUUUAAAGAGAGUUGGUUUCAGUUUUAUGUGUGGGUUUAUUGUGAAUAAACGUCGUCAGAAGUGGACAUAAGAGGCUUAACUGGUUUGGAGGCAGGCAGCUUCUCUUACUAGCCUGUCACGUGCGCACCUGUGCCAUUGACGCGCACGCGCGCAGACACACCUGUCGCAUCCGGGAGCCAGAGGCGUACAAGUGAGAGCAGCUCUGAACUUCAUGAGGGCCAAAGUUUAAAGAUCAGGCCACACUCAGGCCUAGGACCUGGAUCCCAUACAGGUUCUGAUGAGAACAGUGCUACACUGCUGAGGUCUUGGACAGGAGGCACUAUGAGCAACAACGUUCAAGAGUUAUUUCAUGAAAAUGCUCAGGAUUCUCAGAUGCAUGCCCAGCCAUGGUGGAAAGUGAAGCUGUUUGUAUGGGAGCCUGUACUCUUUGGCACCUGGGAUGGUGUCUUCACAACAUGCAUGAUCAACAUUUUUGGAGUAGUUCUCUUUCUUCGCACUGGUUGGCUUGUAGGGAACACUGGGGUAUUGCUGGGCAUGCUGCUGGUGUCACUGGUGGUGCAGGUUGCUCUGGUGACGGUGAUGUCGGGUAUUGGGGUGUGUGAGCGCUGCAGUGUGGGCAGCGGGGGAGUUUAUUCCAUGAUCUCCACAGUUCUCGGAGGAAGAGUUGGAGGCACUGUUGGGCUGCUCUAUGUGUUUGGACAGUGUGUGGCUGGAGCCAUGUAUAUCACCGGCUUUGCUGAAUCCAUAGCUGAUGUGCUGACUGUGCAGAGUGUGUGGGCUGUCAGAGGGAUCUCCGUAGCCGUCCUGCUGGGUCUGCUGGGGAUCAACCUGGCCGGAGUAAAAUGGAUCGUCCGGCUGCAGCUGGUCCUGCUGGCCAUCCUGGCGGUAUCCACUCUGGAUUUUGUUAUUGGAACGUUUAGCCACCUGGAUCCAGAGCAUGGUUUCAUCGGCUAUUCGGACGAGGUCUUGAGGAAGAACACUCUGCCAGACUACACGGCUGGAGAGACUUUCUUCACUGUGUUUGGGGUUUUCUUUCCAGCUGCUACAGGUGUGAUGGCAGGGUUCAAUAUGAGCUCAGAUCUCCAGAAGCCAGAACAUAACAUCCCUGUGGGAACCCUGGCAGCUAUCUUCACCUCAUGGUUCCUGUAUCUUGUCUUUGUAUUCUUGCUGGGAGCCAUCUGCACCAGAGAUGCCCUGCGCUAUGAUUUCUUAAUAGCGGAAAAGGUCUCCUUGGUGGGUUUCCUGUUCCUGCUGGGCCUGUAUGUCUCCUCCCUGGCCUCUUGCAUGGGUGGCCUCUACGGGGCCCCCAGGGUGCUACAGUGUAUCGCCCAAGAGAGAGUUAUCCCAGCUUUGGCUUUCUUAGGACAAGGGAAGGGACCCAAUAAGACUCCAGUGGCGGCCAUCUGUCUAACGAGCUUGAUCUCCAUGGCCUUCAUCUUUAUUGGUCAGGUCAACAUUCUGGCUCCUAUUGUCACCAUUAACUUCAUGCUGACCUACAGCUUCAUUGACUAUUCCUACUUCUGCGUGGCCAAGAGCUACGAGCUACAAGUUAAGGAGAGAAGGCCUCUGUUUGAAAGGCCUAGUUCUAGGAAGGCGCUGGUGAUGAGUAGUCACCAGUGUUAUGGCAGCAAUGGUGCCAUGAGAAACACAAGCAAUGGCACGUUGCUAGAGUUCACAAAAGACAUGAACCAGAUAUUUCCACUGCCCAACACAGACAGCACAGAGGAAGAGAAAGCCCCCAAUCCUGCAGCCAAGGCCUGGGGCAGGAAGGCAAAAGUUCCUGCUAAAGAAACAUUGAGCAGCAGUUUUGGGUUGGACCUAAACAGCAAUAGUCCUUUAGAGAAGGAAAAGGACGAGAAGCAGCUUGAACAAAGCGUUGGCCUGGACGAUGAGACUAGCAGCCAGAUAUGGCUUAUGGAGUCUGAGUCAGGAGGGGAGAGGAAACUGUCCCUGCCUACUCGCGACCCUGUUGAACUGGAUCAGCUUCCCAGGGAGUCGGCAGAGAAGAAUGAGCCAAAGCCAAAGCUGGAGGUAUCUGGAAUACGACCUCUCCCAAAUUCAUUAUAUUCCCGGUUUUGCAACCACUGGGUUUCACUAAUUGGUGUUUUGGGCUCCAUCGUGAUAAUGUUCAUCAUCCAGUGGGUGUACGCCUUGGUGAAUAUUAGCGGUGCCCUCCUUCUUUUUCUCUACAUUGGAAAAGCAAGCCCAGGUUUGCCAACAGGUGCAGCGGCCCGCUUUAGCUUUUUCCAAUGGAUAAAGAGCUUUGUAAGCAACUUGGGCAGGGAAAAACAUGAGCUUCAGGACCAGAUCGUGGUGACACCUUCUUUGUCAGAAGUUGGCAUGGAAACCAGGCAGUUGACGGAGGAAAACGCAGACUUUGCUUUCCGGGACCGUUACCACCAAUCCUCCAUUAUCACCACCACGGAUAGGAUGGUGUAUCCUGAACUCUGCUGAAGGAAUUUGUCUCUAUUACCUCAGCCUUGCCAAUAAAGUGCAAUUAAUUAAGCCUCUCAAAUGGGACAGCUGAUAAACUCUAGUUCUAAUGAAAUAAAUCUGUAUGUUUAAAACUGUAAUAAUUUUAGAUAUCUAUUAAUAGUGAAAAACAUAGAGGAUGUAUUUACAUUUUGGUAACUGAUCACAGCAUCUAGCACACAGGAUCUAGUGCCAGAUUAGUAGUCGUGUUCUAGUGAACAUGACCAAUGACCUGAUUUGAACUGCAAUUUUCCACUUUUUCUUUACAAAUUACUGCAUGAUAUAAUUUCAGAGAAAAACGUCAUUUGGAUUAAUAAGGUGCAUUGAGAAACCUACAGAUUCAGAAACCAGAUUGUAGAAUCCAAAUGCCAAAAUGUCACCACAAAUAGACAUUUUAUUUAUGUUAUACACCACCAGACCUGUAAAUAUGACAAGUUUAAUUCUAUUCAGUUUCAUUGGCAACUGUGCCCUUUAAAACUACAGUUAAGGUCAGACGGUUAUCUUAAAAGUGUCUUAAAACAUUGUCUGAGCCACUGCACUUAUUUAUAACGUAAAGUAAGAACUUUCUUACUUUUUGGACAUCUGGAUCCUAUCUCUUCUGUUCUGACAAGUCACACCUCUGAGUGGAGGAAAUGACUCUGAAUGACUUUCUUCACAUCUAAGUGACUGGAUGAUCCUAAGUGGAAAAAAAACUGAAAUAUUGCUUUAAUUGCAAAAUCCUCACUGACUUUUUGUUGUUUCUCUUUGAUAUAUUGUAAUUUUUUGCCUUGCAAGAAAUCUGAAGUAUGAGAGGGUUGGGGUAAAUUUUGUUUCAGUCAAAAGAAAGUGCAAUAGCUGUUAUAUAUGUACAUCAUCGGCACAGUGUGUGCAAUCUUUUGUUACAGCAUAUGCUUGUAAAGGGCUUGUGUAGGGAUUGUGAAGUAAAGAUAACAUGUAUACCUCA